GAAAGUGCUGGAUUAUGAUAAUGAGCAGCCAUACGUUCCCCUUGUCGCGCGGAGCGGGAGGUGAGCUGACACGCACUCGGCGACAAUGACAAGCCAGUGGAGCCCAUCCGCUCCCUCGGCAUAGCCCGCAGCUCGGCCCGGCUCCGGGGCUUGCCAGAGGGAGAUCCGGCGCCUGCUCGGGACAGGACGUGGCCGGUGAGAUUCCCGGGUCUCUGCCCAGAGCCAGCUCCGCCGCGAUAUCGAAAAAAAAUAAGUCACCGUGGCAUAGUCCCCGCACCUCGCCCCUGCUCGCAGCUCCUAGCCUGCUUUAAUUUUUUAUUUUUUCAGAUCGAAGAAACUGCUCGCCUGCUUUUUUCUUUCUUUUUUUUUUAAUUUUUGGAGAUUUUUUCUUUAUGUUUUAUUUAAUAAUUAAAGUCGAUUUUAUUUUGUUUCCUGGGGCAUCCCGCUGUAUCGCUGAGCGGGACCCGCUGCGGUAACGGCCCCUGACUGCCUCUCUCUCCGCCCGCAGGGAUGGAGGACGCCGGCGUCCAGCGGGGAAUAUGGGACGGGGAUGCCAAGACGGUCCAGCAGUGCUUGACUGACAUUUUUACCAGCGUUUACACCACCUGCGACAUCCCGGAAAAUGCCAUUUUCGGCCCCUGCGUCCUCAGCCACACGUCCCUGUAUGACAGCAUCGCCUUUAUCGCCCUCAAGUCCACCGACAAGCGCACCGUUCCCUACAUUUUCCGGGUGGACACGUCGGCGGCCAACGGCUCGUCGGAGGGGCUGAUGUGGCUCCGGCUGGUGCAGUCUGCGCGGGAGCGGGAGGAGCAGAACCUGGAGGCCUACAUCAAGAGCGGGCAGCUCUUUUAUCGCUCCCUGCGCCGCAUCGCCAAGGACGAGGAGCUGCUGGUGUGGUACGGGAAGGAGCUCACCGAGCUGCUGCUGCUCGGCCCGGCCCGGGCCCCUGCCCGCGCCAACGGCUCGCCGCCCUUCGCCUGCCCUGAGUGCAGCCAGCGCUUCCAGUUCGAACUGCCCUUCGCCGCACACCUCCGGUUCCGCUGCCCCAAGAGGCUGCACGGCCCCGACAUCGGCCCCGCCGCCGAGGCCGCCGGCGCCAAGGACGGUGCCGGCAAGGAGCAGGAGCCCGGCAAGUUCGGGAAGCCCGGCGGGCAGCCGCACCAUCCCUUCCCCGGGCCCGACGGCGGCCCCGCCGCCAGCACCAAGCCCUCCACGGACUUCCACAACCUGGCGCGGGAGCUGGAGAACUCCCGCGGCGGGCGCGCCGGGUCCCCGGGCCGGCCGGCGGCCCCCGAGGGCGGCCCCGAGGCAGCGGCCGGGAAGGCGAAGCGGCGCUUCCCCGAGGAGGAAGAGCGCGGGCCCGGCGCCGCGCGGGGCCGCUUCCCGGCGGAGCGGCCGGGGCUGCCGGCGGCGCCCAAGGAGGAGCCGGGCUGCGCCCCGCAGCAGCAGUACCGCGCCGCCGGCUCCUACUGCGGGCUGGAGGAGGGCGGGCGCCUCUUCGGGCCGCCCAGCCCGGAGACCGGCGAGGCCAAGCGCAGCGCCUUCGUGGAGGUGAAGAAGGGGGCCCGCGGUCCCGAACCCGACGGCGGCCCGGAGGAGGGCCCGGAGCGCGGCUCCCCGGGCGCGGGCGGCGCGGAGCCGGGGCUGUGUCCCCGCGGCGGCGCGGGGGGCCCGCUGGCCGCCCGCCUAGACGGCGGCAGCCCGGCGCGGGGCAGCGCCUUCAGCACGGUGCCGCAGCUCGGGGCCGGCCCCGGGGGGCCCGGCGGGGGCGGCGGGGCCGACGAGCGAAAAAGCGCCUUCUCGCAGCCCGCCCGCUCCUUCCCGCACGUCCCGCCGCUGGUGCUGGGGCCCAAGCUGGGCGGGCUGGGCGAGCCCUGCCCCGACGGCGCCGCCGCCCCCGCCCGCCUGUACGCCGCCGAGGCGCUGGCCGCCAAGCUGCCGGGCGGCGGGGAGGCUGCGGGCGGCGGCGGCGGCGGCGGCGGCGGGGGGCUGCCCAAGCAAAGCCCCUUCCUCUACACCACGGCCUUCUGGCCCAAGAGCUCGGCGGCGGCGGCGGUGGCGGCGGCGGCGGCGGGGCCGCUGCAGCUGCAGCUGCCGUCGGCGCUGACGCUGCUGCCGCCGUCGUUCACCUCGCUGUGCCUGCCGGCUCAGAACUGGUGCGCCAAGUGCAACGCGUCCUUCCGCAUGACUUCGGACCUGGUCUACCACAUGCGCUCCCACCACAAGAAGGAAUACGCGCUCGAGCCCCUCGUCAAGCGCCGCCGCGAGGAGAAGCUCAAGUGCCCCAUCUGCAACGAGUCCUUCCGCGAGCGCCACCACCUCUCCCGCCACAUGACCUCCCACAACUAG